CUUCUCCGCCGCCAUGAGCGUCGUGGACCAUGUACGGGAGAUGGCGGCCGCCGGGCUCCACUCCAACGUGCGGCUGCUCAGCGGCCUCCUGCUCACCAUGAGCGGCAACAACCCGGAGCUGUUCUCCCCCUCGCAGAAGUACCAGCUGCUGGUUCACCACGCGGACUCCCUGUUCCACGAUAAGGAGUACCGCAAUGCCGUCAGCAAGUACACCAUGGCCCUGCAGCAGAAGAAGGCCUUGAGCAAGACCUCCAAAGUCCGGCCCUCCCCCGGCAGCGCAGCCUCCACUCCCCAGAGCCAGUGUCUGCCUUCUGAAAUCGAAGUGAAAUACAAAAUGGCCGAGUGCUACACCAUGUUAAAGCAAGACAAAGACGCCAUUGCCGUCCUGGAUGGCAUCCCUUCCAGGCAGAGGACGCCCAAGAUCAACAUGAUGCUGGCCAGCCUGUACAAGAAGACGGGCCAAGAACGUUCCUCGGUGACCAGUUACAAGGAGGUUUUGAGGCAGUGCCCGCUGGCUCUCGAUGCCAUUCUAGGCUUGUUGUCGCUCUCGGUGAAGGGUGCAGAAGUGGCUUCCUUGACCAUGAACGUAAUUCAGAGCAUCCCGAAUCUGGAUUGGCUUUCGGUGUGGAUCAAAGCGUACGCGUUUGUGCACACGGGCGAUAACACCAGAGCAAUCAACACAAUCUGCUCCCUGGAGAAAAAGUCACUCCUGAGAGACAAUGUGGAUAUAUUGGGCAGUUUAGCAGACCUGUACUUCAGAGCCGGGGAUAACAAGAACGCCAUUCUAAAAUUUGAACAGGCCCAAAUGUUGGAUCCCUAUUUAAUAAAAGGAAUGGACGUCUAUGGCUACUUACUGGCUCGGGAGGGUCGCCUGGAGGACGUGGAAAACCUCGGAUGCCGGCUGUUCAACAUCUCUGACCAACAUGCAGAGCCCUGGGUGGUCUCAGGCUGCCACAGCUUCUACAGCAAGCGCUACUCUCGGGCCUUGUACCUGGGGGCCAAAGCCAUCCAGCUGAACAGCAACAGCGUGCAGGCCCUGCUGUUGAAAGGGGCCGCCCUGCGGAACAUGGGCAGAGUGCAAGAGGCCAUCAUCCACUUCCGCGAAGCCAUCCGGCUGGCCCCGUGCCGGCUGGACUGCUACGAAGGCCUCAUCGAAUGCUACCUGGCCUCCAACGGCCUCCGCGAGGCCACCGUGAUGGCCAACAACGUCUACAAGACCCUGGGAGCCAACGCUCAGACGCUGACGCUCCUGGCCACCGUUUGUCUGGAGGACCCCGUGGCCCAGGAGAAAGCCAAGACCUUGCUGGACAAGGCCCUGAUGCAACGUCCGGAUUACAUCAAAGCUGUGGUCAAGAAGGCCGAGCUGCUCAGCCGAGAACAGAAGUACGAUGACGGGAUCGCUCUGCUCCGCAACGCCUUGGCCAACCAGAGCGACUGCAUCCUGCAUCGGAUGUUGGGGGAUUUCCUAGUGGCAGUCAAUGAAUAUCAGGAAGCCAUGGACCAGUACAGCAUCGCCUUAAGUUUGGAUCCCAAUGAUCAGAAGUCGCUGGAAGGCAUGCAGAAGAUGGAGAAAGAAGAAAGCCCCACUGACGCGACCCAGGAAGAGGAUGUGGACGACAUGGAGGGCAGCGGAGAGGAAGGGGACCUUGAAGGCAGUGACAGUGAGGCGGCCCUGUGGGUCGAUCAGGAGCAGUGGUUCCGUGGGCAGUGAGGCAGCCGUGGACGCACGAGGCGGCGCUUGACGUACAGGGGGAGAUUGGUGUCCUCAUCUUUCUUGGCAAGGACAGGAUUGAGGGCCAGGCUGAGGACCAGAACCAUUAAAAAA